UGAAGGCUGAAUUAUUUACUUUUGACGUUUUGAGGUUAUGUUGACGGUUGAUUACAGGAAGAAUCUGAAAUUAAUUAUUUACAUUGUCCCUAUGUUAGGGAUGUUGUGUAACGAAGAUAGAGUUUACUAUAAUCAUUUUACAAGUAACCUAAGAAGCACAUUUUGAGUUUUAAUUUUCUUACUAUGAUAAUGUAUCUCUUAUAAGUGGUUCUUAGAAUAGCCAAAUGCUUUUAUAGUUUCAUAAUUGGGCCACAUGCAGAUUUUGUUAAUAGAAUCUAAAUUGGAAAAUGGCUCAUUUUGUGCAGUUUACCCUUUUAUCAAUAUUUGCUGUGGUUGUUAACUGCUCAAUACACAAAAAUGUGAAAUACUUUGAAACUUUACAUGCCUCAGAACUGACGCACAAUAUCUUGAAACAUGGGUUGAAAGAAAGUACACACCCGUUCAAUAGAAUCCGAGAGGUUUCUUUUAAAACUCUUGGGAGGAACUUUCGCCUGAUCCUAACCCCGAAAAAAGGAGUGGUACACUCCAAGUUUGAAGCUGUUACUGUAGACGCUGAUGGUCAGGAAACCCCAGUGGGCAUUGACCAUGAAGACUUCUACGACGGCCGUGUGUUCGGGGAGUCUUGGUCAGAUGCCAGUGUCCACAUGAAGGAUGGAGUGUUAACAGCUACAAUCCAGCUGGCUGAUGAAACCUAUCAUAUUGAGCCAUCGUGGAGACACCUCUCUCACCUGGACAAUCAGUCGAUGGUGACGUACAAGGCUUCCGACGUACAGUUCAGCUGGGACCACCCUGAUCACCCACACCAGCCUUGUGCCUACGUUAAGGAAAAAACAGAUGAUGAGGAAGAAGAGGAGAAGGGUGCGGGAGGGGAGGAGGAUACGGCGAAGGGCAAGGAGCGGUGGAAACGACAGGCUGACCAGUAUGAAUACACCCCCACCAAGACUCGGUGUCCACUGCUCUUGGUGGCAGAUUACCGUUUCUACCAAGAGAUGGGUGGCAGCAACACCAAAACUACCAUUAACUAUCUGAUCAGUCUGAUAGACAGAGUGCAUAAGAUUUAUAACGACACAACCUGGCAGGAUAGACAGGACCAAGAUGGGUUCAAAGGGAUGGGGUUCGUGAUCAAGAAGAUAGUUGUCCAUUCCGAGGCAACCAAAGUGAGAGGGGGAGAGGCCCAUUAUAACAUGGUUAGAGAGAAAUGGGAUGUUCGUAACUUACUUGAGGUAUUUUCACGUAACAAAGAGGUUAGACGGUUCUGUUUAGCGCACCUGUUCACACAUCAGACGUUUAGUGCCAAGGGUGGACUGGCGACAGUACUCGGCUUGGCGUACAUAGCCAGCCCCAGGCUACACUCCACAGGAGGCAUCUGCAGCCACGAAUACUUCAAAAAUGGCUACACUUUGUACCUGAACUCGGGCCUGAGUUCAAGUAGAAACCACUAUGGGCAGCGGGUGAUCACACGAGAGGCAGACUUAGUCACGGCCCACGAGUUUGGUCACAAUUGGGGCUCGGAGCACGACCCCGACAUCCCCGAGUGUAGCCCUAGUGCCAGCCAGGGUGGCUCCUUCCUCAUGUACACCUACAGUGUUAGCGGCUAUGACGUCAACAACAAGAAGUUCUCACCCUGCAGCCUGAGAUCUAUCAGGAAGGUCCUACAGGCCAAGUCGGGCCGUUGUUUCUCCGAACCGGAGGAGUCAUUCUGCGGCAACUUGCGGGUGGAGGGAGAUGAGGAGUGUGACGCCGGGCUGCUAGGCACUGAGGACAAUGACAACUGUUGCGAUAAAGUCUGCAAGCUGCGGCGCAAUGGCGGAGCUGUCUGCAGUGAUAAGAAUUCCCCUUGCUGCCAGAACUGCAAGUACAUGCCGCAAGGGUUCACAUGCCGCGAGGCACAGUAUGCCACUUGCGAGCAGGAGUCGCGCUGCACAGGGCUGUCCUCGGAGUGUCCCCGGUCCCCGCCUAUGAGCGACGGCACAGGCUGCCUGGAGCGUGGCAAGUGUCGCGGCGGCAAGUGUGUUCCCUACUGUGAGACUCAGGGCAUGCAGAGCUGCAUGUGUGAUGUCAUUGGAGAUGCCUGUAAGAGGUGUUGCAGAAUGAAUUUGAAUGACACGUGUUUUCCGGUUGACCCUCCUGAUAUACUGCCCGACGGAACUCCUUGCAUCCAAGGAUUCUGCAACAAGGGUAUGUGCGAGAAGACCAUACAGGAUGUGGUGGAACGGUUCUGGGACAUCAUCGAGGAUAUAAACAUCAACAAGGUGUUGCUGUUCUUGAGAGACAAUAUCGUAGGGACAGUUAUCUUGGUCACCGCGCUGAUCUGGAUACCAGCGAGUUGCGUCGUGAGUUACUUUGACCGCCGGAGACUGCACCGUGAGGAGAAGUGGCGCAAGUGGAGCAAGACAGAUGCGUUCAUGCACCCCACUGACUCGCGGCGGACUGUUAUACAUACUAAGGUCAACAAGAAGAACAGGGUCACACCACAGUACUCAACGUCCACCUGAUUGUACCAGGUUGGCAACAUUAACAUUUAGGGGCAGAAAGGCAAACACAACCAAAUUGGUUGUUCUUAACUUAAUUUCGAAUGUAUUCUUCCGUACAUUCCUAAAAGACACAUUUUUCGGUUUUAUUUAUAUCUCAUGAAACUGCUUUGUGAGGUUAACGUGUAAAGGGAGUUGAAGUUUAAACAGGAAUAUUUAUCAGUAAUUUUAAAGUUUUUGAGAUUAAAGGUUUAGAUUAUAUAUUCUAAUGACAUCGCAUUUACUUAAAUUUUCCUAGGUAAUAGAACUGGCGAUUGAGACAAAACAGUAGAUCGUAGAUUGUUGUGUCAAUUUUUUCUCAUGAUCAACAACCUUAACUUUUAGUGUUAUCUUUCAAAGUGUUAUUAAAAUAAGAUGUGUAGCUAAUUUUUGUCUUAAAAUCCGUUAUGGAUCAUUCUUUAAAUAAAGAAGUGUUAUCAAUUACGUUUGUUCCAUAAUUUCCUUACGUAUUCACAAACAAACGUAUUAAACAUAAAAGAUUUCUGGUUCACAACGCUUUGGAAUAUUGCAUACUCAAUUAACUUCUUGAGAAAUGAUACAUGGCAAAGCAAUUGGCUUCCUUUUAAAUUCAUAUUAACUUAAAAAAAAUUUUGGAAAGAGUCCCUACUUAGAUAUAAAACGAUAAAUUUAUCAGCAAAGUUCUUAUGAAUAUUAUUUGUUCUAUUAUGUAUUGGUAACUAAAUUAUUGUAUGUGUUAACAAGCAUAACACAACAUUCUCGUAUCUUUAUGAAUAAAUGGGUAUAUUGUAUCAUUUAAGUUCAAAUUCCUGUUUAAAUUUGUACUCUCAUUGCACAUUUAGAAUAGCUAAAUUAUGUAAUUUUUAGUCACUGCCAGAAACAAUGGCAACUUAUAUAUAGUUUUUCAAAUAAAUAUAAAUGUACAUUUUUUGUGAUGGGUAGUUUAAGUAUUUUUUGUUAAUAAUUUUUCUUACUGAGGUAAAGUUCACAAAAAAUAUUCAUAUUAUACAAGUAAAGAAUUGCACAACAUGAAAUUUUAAUGUAACAGUGGUGUUUCCAUUGUUUGUUGCUUUUUGUUUUUGUAGAAUAAUGAGCAAAGGGUUUACAGAUGUGUGUUUAUUGUCCUAGGCCUUGUGUCUGUCCUUUGUUUCAGGCAUCGCUUAACUUAAAAUUUUGUUUUAUGUAUUUUGUAUGAUGUAUCGUGUUACGGCUUUUAAAACGAGCUUUAGCACAAACAUAUACACAUUUGUUUUAUUUAAAAACGUAUUUUAUUUUAACAAACAAAUUAGAAUGUUUAUAGAUUAGUAAAUAAUUAUCAAUCACUUACACAAAAAACAUUUUUGUAACCCUUUCAGUGGAAUAUAAAUUUAACUAGAUAUUCUGUGAUUUAUUCUAAAAUUUUAAGUCUAUCUAUACGUACUGGAUCGUCCCUUGGAAGGGACUAUUGUAUUCCACCGCAGGGGAUACAGGGUUUGUGAUUUUAUUAAUUUGGUUUUAGUUAUCGGAGGGAUCAAAAUAAGUAACAUACAUUUGUUUUGUUGUAAAAAUAUUGUUGUUUUAUACAAUAAGUAAUAAAAGUUAAAAAAAAAAAAACAGUAUAGAAACAUUUUUUUAUAUUUCAUGUCCAUUUUUUAAAUUUUUAUGAUAAACAUCAUAUAACUAUCAUAUCUUCUUCCCCUAGUUGCGUGUGAUUCUUUGUAAUAACUGGAAAAUUGCUAGAUAUGCUUUUCAAAUAUUAAAUAGUACUCCUCGUCUGUCUUGAAAGUAUAUAGGCCUACUUAUUUUGACUAACCUUGCAGUACAUUAUAAAUGAGACGACCAAAAAGCAACAAAAUGGAAUCACCUGCUGAGAAUUUACAUUUAUAUUCUGUAUAGAAUAUUGGUACUCAAUUUUGCACUAAUUUUAAAACAAAUCAGUAUUUAUAAUUGCAGUGAAAAUAUGCCAUUCAGUAUUAUUUAACAAUAUAAUAUAAUAUAAUAUAAUAUUUUCUAUGCAUGUUGCAUAUCGAAUACAUUGUCAUCCAUUUUGAAGACUCAACUCCGAAAUUUAUUCACUUUGUAAGUUAUUUCACCUUUUUUCAGCAAAGUUAUGUACUUAAUUUUUGCAUAGUUUGUUAAUUUGUAAUUAAAAUACACUGAAAUAAGUGAUGAUUUAUAAUCAAGCACCUAUCAGUUAGUGGACAAAGGCAUUGGAAUAAAUAUAUUCAUAUAAUCUAUUCAACAUAAAAAUAAUAUUUUAUUGUUAGGACAUAACAAAAUAUUCAAUCAAUCCUUGAUUGUUUUUAUAUAUCUAUAAUAGAUUCAAGGCUAAAGUAGGCAGAAACAUAUUUUUUGAAUUGUGUAUGAGUAUUUCUUUUAUUUUAUUUUCUGCAAUAAGACACUUUAAUGAAUAUUUAUAAUAUGUAAACCUCUAUUUAACCUAUUCAACCCAGUGUUAGUCACAUUAUGUUUGAAAAAAAUGUGUUGCGCACGGUUCCCAAGAAGACCCGGCUGAAUACUUAUACACACCAGCAAAAUACAAUUUUUAUACAUAGAAUAUUCAACUUUAAUUGCAGAGUCUUUUGAAGUUUUAAAUGCAACUUGUAAAGUACUAUAUAUUUUAUAAAUAAUUUUAACAAAUAUUCUGCAGAUUUAACUCCUAAUUUCAAUUAAGAAGUACUGUUUCACGCUUUUAUUGUUUUUAUUCGUACUAUGUACAUUUCAAAUUCAGAGAAUUCAUCUCCAGGUACCUGGUACUUCCUAAUUGUACUAAGUACUUCUGGAGAUUACACCACUAAUACUAAUUUUAACUGAAUUAUUAAAGUGAACAUCAAAAUUUUGUGUAUAUUGAAAAUAAAUAAAUCUUAUCCACUGUGGCACGACUUUAAAACAAUAUUUUCAUCAACUGUAGUGGGGAGGGGGACAUAGAUUAAAAAAUAAAUAAACAUCACUCUCGUAUUGUAACCGUAUAAAAAUAAAAGCAAUUUGAAAUAAAAUUCAACGAUUUAAUGAAACCUGAGUACGAGUACAUAUUUUCUAAACAUUUUAUUUUUUGUUGCAUCAAAAUGCAAACUCACCUGUUACAGUAAAGUUAGUGGUAAACUAAAACCAAAGUGGUUUCCUCUGAAAUUCAGUUUUGGAUCAGCCCUAUUGGUGGGAGGGGGGGGGGUAUUACUUUAUAAACAAUACGGUAGCGCAAACAUGAUGUGAACAUAUUCCACCAUACAGAAUCAGAGACUAACUCUGGGUUUUAACUAAGAUAGGUUAUCACUCUUAACUAAUAGUAUUCAUUUGGCACACAUGUGUUAUAGUGGCACAUCUUGAGUCCAUAAGCAUUUAUAAAAAGUUAAGCCCUUGUGAAUUUUAAUAAUGUGUAUCAAAUUUAGUGUAAUGAUCAAAUAUGGUAAUAAGCUAAGGGAAAAUAUGUAUAUUGUGGAUAUUAGUGACAUAAUGUACUAUGCAAAUUAUGUAUCUAUUGUUUGUUGGUUAUUGAUAUAUUUUAUUUUAACUGAUUUCUGUAAAUAAACUUUUAACAUAUUAUAAGUGAAAUUGUAA